AUGCCUACAAGAACAAACAAACAACUUAAUGUGGCAGUAAUUGGAUCAGGACUUGCUGGUCUUUCAGCUGCUUAUUUACUAAGUCAAAAUAAUGACGUUGAGGUCCAUUUGUUUGAAAAGAAUACUUCACUCGGUAUGGAUGCUGCUUCUAUCUCUAUUGGCCCUGAAAAAGACAUUCGAAUUGACGUAAGUUACUAUUCUCAUCUAUCAAGAUUAUAUGAACAUUUAAAGAUACCUGCAAAAAAAGCCAAGUUUAGUUUUGGUUGGUAUCGAAUUAUGCAAUCUAAAAAUAAGGUGAAGUCGAUUCCAGCCAGUGAAGUGGCCACUUAUACAGACAAUAAUUCAUAUCUUGUCUACAGUGGUUCUCGUACUGUAGGUCGCCUUGACAUGGUCACUUCUUCCGAUGGUUUACUAGGGGAUAUUGGCAGGUUUAUUUGGAGAUCAUUGAUUGUGGCCUAUUCGUAUGUGUGGAUCAUGCUUAUUUCACUAUGGAUGCAUCACAAAGGUCAUUUAAAAGAUCAUGAUCAUCCUAUUUGCAAUAUGACCUUGGGCCAUUUCUUCAAAAAGUAUUAUGUACAUCCCUAUUUUGCUCAUGAGAUAUUUGUGCCUUUGUUUGCUGCCGUUUGUACAAACUCAUAUCAAUCCAUGUUAAACUAUCCUGCUUCUGACAUUUUAGAAUACAUGGCCAUGGGCUUAUUUCAAGAAUCGUAUAUCGCUGGCUGUGGUGUACAACAAGUAGUGAAAACCAUGUCUGCUCCUUUAAAAAAUGUUCAUCUUGAAACACAAAUUACAUCUAUUCGUCCUAAUCCCAACCCCAAAUAUCGCUUUCAACUAGUGGAUGAGCAUGGCACAGAAUACAAUGUGGAUCAUAUCAUCUUCGCUACACAGGGAAAUCAGGCCAUGUCCAUGUUGGAAGGUUACUCAGACGCGAUUCAACAAACAGAAUCUACAUUUGAAAACUACAAGCUAAUUCAAAUAGUUCAAGCACAGAUAGACGUUCUCAAGACAUUUGAAUACGAUACUGCCCUUGUCAUUAAUCAUACAGACACGCGUCUUUUACCAGCCAACCCAAAUAACUGGAAAGCACUCAAUCUAGCCAUGGUCGAUAAGAGUGUGGAUCCUGGUCAGAGUGAACUUAUUGUCCCUUAUCCUCACGAUACAACCAUGACCACGCAUAUUUUAAAUAUGACACACAAUGCCAUUAAUACCAAGUCAAAUGAUGCCCUUUAUAUGCAGACUACCAAUCCAUGCAUCUCUGUGGAUCCUAAAAAAGUACUUUCAGUGGCCUGGUUUGAACGGGCUACAGUCACACUCGAAUCCAAGAAAGCAUUGAGCCAAUUAUUCCAACUUCAAAAGGAAACAAAUGAAUUGAUAUUGGGUCCUUGUCAGGGUAAGAAUGGUAUCUGGUUUGUAGGUUCCUAUUGCUGGAAAGGCAUUCCUUUAUUGGAGGGUUGUGUUGCAAGUGCUGAACAUGUUGUAGCCAAAGGUAUUGCAGAAGCUGAACAUAUUCAGAUUCCUGUACCUUGUGGUGACCGUCAGCCAGAAUAUAUAGCUUGCGUAGAACACUGUACAGCAACCACUGCCAUUACACAACUCCCACUCUAUUUGCGUCUAUUGCGAUGGACACCAAGACAAGAUUGCAGUUACCAUUGUAUGCAGAAAAUAACCUACCGAGCUAUGGCAGAAGGCAGCCACAUUCAUCAGUAUCACGGUAAAUGGCCUUUUCAACGCGUGUUUGGUAUUCAAGAACCAGCUUCUGUUAUUUUCUCUAUCCUUAAUGGAUGGAUGCAUUUGCGCUACUUUAAAAGAAUUAAACAACAAGUCAGUGACGCGUAUUUUCUGAAGCCAUUCUAUUUAGGUAUCGCUGUCGUCGGCAUGAAUGCAUGGCUCUGGAGCACUGUGUUUCAUACACGCGAUACAUCCAUCACAGAAAAAUUAGAUUACUUUAGUGCUGGUCUCUAUAUCUUGGUUGGCUUUUGUGUGGCCAAUCUUCGUAUCUUUUAUUUGCGUCAAACAAAGGCAUGGGUACUGUCUGGCGUAUGCCUCAUGGCCUAUUUAGCCCACAUCACCUAUUUAUCUAGUCUAGACCGAUUUGAUUAUGGAUACAACAUGUUGGCUUGUAUCAUUGUUGGUUCAUUGCAAACGCACCUUUGGUUGUUUUGGUCUGUUGCUCAAUACACACCCUGGGGCAAACGUGAAAGAAGACCGUUUGCUUGGAUGGCAGGUGUCUCUGUCAUUCUGGUGAGUUGUGCUAUGGCAUUAGAAGUAUUUGAUUUCCCUCCUUAUCAACAAGUCUUGGAUGCUCAUUCACUAUGGCAUGCUGCUACCAUUCCUCUGGCUCCCUUGUUUUAUCGGUUCUUAUUGCGUGAUACAGAACUAGAGACAUCCGUGUCCAAAUUUGCCAAGGAAAAGAGAUCUUCAUGA